AUGGGUAAACUGAAGGAUUCAUUAGUCAGACUUCAAGAGUCUGUAGCUGCUGAAGAGCACAAGGCCGGUAAAUCAAAUAAGCCCAAUAAACCUAAGGCACCUGCUCCAGUAGCUGCUCCGGUCGACGACGAUAUUCCAAGCCUAAUAGACGAACUGGCUGCUUUAAAAUCUAUCCGAAAUGAAGUAUCUGAAUUAAAAGAAAAAUCUACUUUAUCCAAGAAGGAACAGAGAAGAUUAGCUAAGCUCGAGAAGUUGCUGGAGGAAGUUGAAGAAGACGAGGAUGAGGAGGACGAGGAGGACGAGGAUGAAGAAUCUGCAUUCGAUACCACCAAGCUUACUGAAUCAGCCAGUGAGAGUGAGAGCGACAUUGAAGAUGAGGAGGUUCAUGAUGAGGAUGAGGAAGAAGAAGAAGAAGAUGAUGAUGAUGAAGAGGAAGAAGAGGAGGAGGAAGAUGUUGCCUUGUCAGAUGUCGAGCUUGAUGACGAUGCUGAUGUUAUUCCACACCAGAAGACUACUGUCAACAAUGUUAGUGCACUUAAACAAUCUCUCUCAUCUAUUACAAUUAACCACGAAAAACUCCCAUUUUUCGAGCACCUCUCUGUUGAAGCUGAGGAGCCAAUUGUUCUUAAGGAUAUUUAUGAUGAUUUAGAAAGAGAGUUAGCAUUUUACAAACAAGGUUUGGCUGCUGCUAAUAUUGCUCGCAAAAACUUCAAGAAAGAAAAGAUUCCAUUUGCCCGUCCUAUCGACUAUUUUGCUGAGAUGGUCAAGUCUGAUGAGCAUAUGGAUAAGCUGAAACAGAAACUCGUUGAAGAGGAGACUGCUAAGAAGGCCGCUCAAGAAGCUAGAAGACAACGUGAACUCAAGAAGUUCGGUAAAAAGGUUCAACAUGCCAAAUUACAAGAACGUCAAAAGGAGAAGCGUGAGACUUUGGAAAAGAUUAAGUCACUCAAGAGAAAGAGAGGUGGAAAUGAGAUUUCAACUGAUGAUUUCGAUGUUGGUAUUGAAGAAGCAACUACUGAGGGCCCAAGUCGGAAAGAGCGUUAUGGAGUUAAUGCUAAGAGAAAGGCUAAGGACGCCAAGUACGGUCACGGUGGUAAGAAGAGAUUCUCUAGACAAAACGAUGCUAGUAGUAGUGCUGAUAUCUCUGACUUUUCGAACAAGCGUGGUAAGUCUACCCAGAGACUUGGUAAGAACAAGCGCGCUGCUAGAAGAUAG